CGGCUCUUUGUCUCCCCAAAAAAUGUCGCCAGUUUUCUCGUCCAUCUCCUGGCGGCGCUGCCCCCUGUAGAUGAGUAGAUCCCGUCGCCAACUCCCCCAAAAUCCCGUCGCCAUUCCCAUCCAGUUCCCCGUCGCCGCCGCGCCGCCCUCAAGAUCCAGCCACUCCCACAAUCCAGAUCCCGUCGCCGGAGAGCUUGGCGAGGAGGCCGCAGAAAGGUCACUGGAGGUUUCAUCCGGCGGCGCGUCCGAGCUAGGCUUCGUCGACCCGGCGGUCGCAACCAAGGCGUGCUGCGGAGGGGGCGGCAUCUGCUAGUUGAGGCCUCGCAGUCCACGGAAGAGCAACCACCGGAUCAGCCAAAGGACAGCGGUUGGGGGACUCCGGUUCCGUUGUUCCUUUCCCCCGUCCUGCUCCAUCUGCUACUAGUGCAAGGCUAGCCGGCAUGGUGGACUCCGGUUCCGUCCAGUUCAAAAUUGACUACCGGACAAUCCAGACUUUUGCCUCCGACGAUCGGUACAUCCUCGAGGAAUCCAUUUGCGUCGGGGAGCACCGGUUCUCGGCAUCUUGCUAUCCGCAGGAGUGCUCGGAGGACGGCGAGUUUGAGUACCUCUCUAUAGACCUAUCACUGCGCAGCACAUCCGAAGUCACCAGUCCUGUGUUCGAGGCCUUGGUGGUGGGCAAAGACGGCGCACCAUCUCCGGCCCUUGCAAAGAGGAAAAGGGGGACGGCGAGCGACUUUAAUGGCUUGAUCGACGGAGUCUGGAAGAGCUGGUGUUGGCUUGAUUUCUCGAAGGGAGGUGAUGAUGAUAUGGAGUCACUCUGGGCGGCAAAUGGCCGCAUGAUCACGAUUUCCUGCGGGUUCUCCGUUCCGCUCGAAAACCCUAUAACCGUGCCGGCCUCGGAUAUUGGCGACCAUCUGCGAGGCUUGCUGGACUGUGCCGACGGUUCGGAUGUCUCCUUCUCUGUCGGUGGCGAGACGUUCCGUGCUCACCGGGCCGUGCUCGCCGCCCGGUCGCCGGUGUUCAAAGCGGAGCUCUUCGGCGCCAUGGCAGAGGCUCGAAUGCCAUGCAUCACACUGCAUGACGUCGAGCCGGCAACAUUCAAAGCUCUGUUGUGCUUCAUCUACACGGAUGCCUUGCCGAGAGACAGCGGAGAACUCGUCGGUGACCCUGUUGAUGUGUUUCAGCAUCUGCUUGCCGCAGCCGAUCGGUACGCACUCGACAGGCUGAAGCUCCUUUGUGCCCACAAGUUAUGGGACAACGUAACCACCGACAGAGUUGCAGAUAUUUUAGCGUGUGCCGAGACGUACAAUUGCCGAGAGCUGAAGGACUGCUGCAUGGACUUCUUUGUGACCGAGCAGAACUUCAAGCAUGCUACGUUGACAGAGGGCUUUGUAAGGCUGGGGCAGAAGUGUCCUACCAUUAUCGCGGAGCUGAGAAAGAAAGCUAGGAUAUAGCUGCAUAUGUUUUGGUGUUCUAGAAAGUGUGGAAUUGAGAUUUGGAGCAAGUUGCUGCCAAGUGAUUGCCGUAGCUAAGGCCAGGCAGAUUAUGUUGUGGGCUGCGCUUCAGUUUGCAGUAGCAUACCACGGAGUACUACUAUUUUGUAUUCGUUCUGUUUUAGAGAUCUUGAUGCCUAUCCCGUUUCCUGAAGAUUGGUUGCACUUGCAGCCUGUGAGAAUGAUGUAGCUACCUAGAUUUUUCUGAGUCUUAGCUCCAUGAUACCCUGUGACAGGUUAUCCCAGUUUAAUGAAAAAUGAAGCUCGGUACCAAUGUUGGUCCUCUAGUAAUCAAAUAUUGCCUUGAUGUGUAUUGGAUUAUGCCUUUUGAACAAGCCAGGAUAUGGGCCUAAUAAGUUGAAAGCAGGGAGCUUGCAAUGGUUUGAGCUAAACUAAA